AAGACAGCAACAGCUAUUAAGGCUCCGAGGACCAAGGGGCACUGGUCACAAAAAUCUCUCUAAAUCAGCUACAAGGGGGGAAAAAGCACUUUUGAAUUAUUAAACAUUAAGUCCUACUUAUCACAAUGCAUUGCCUGAAAAGUCUGAGAACAGCUAACCCGGGAAUCUUUCAACUCUUUAAAAAUGCAGGGAUCUCCGCCAGAGUUGGAGCUGACAACAUUGUUUUGUCCAGGACACAGCAACCUGUUUCUCUACCCUGCUGGGUCGCAGCAUCACCCCACACCAACAGAGCCUUUCAUCACCAGACGGGCCCUGGUGUGGACCAAGGACACUCCAAAAGUCGGUUAAUGUCCAGUAUGGAGGACCUACUUUUCUACACCAUCACUGAAGGCAAAGAGAUGAUCCCCCUCUCCCAGUUCAUCUCUGCCUUAAGAAAAACGGGUCUGUUGACGUCUGACCCUCGGCUGCGUGACUGUGUCUAUCAGAUGCGACAGUCCACGCGUGACUCUACUGGGCCAGUCAUGAUGGACAAGAAGCUCUUCAGAAGGUGUGUGGGCAACAACAUCAUGCUGCUCACUAAGGCUUUUAGAAAAAAGUUUAUUAUCCCCAACUUUGAAGAAUUCACCCAGCAAAUUGAUAAGAUGUAUGACAGUGCACAACAGCAGGAGGGAGGACAAGUAGCUGAUUACAUUCCUCAGCUGGCUAAGUUCAGCCCUGAUCUCUGGGGUGUGUCUCUGUGCACAAUUGACGGUCAGAGACACUCUGUGGGUGACACCAAGGUUCCCUUCUGUCUGCAGUCAUGUGUGAAGCCCCUGGAGUACGCCAUUGCUGUGCAUGAGCUCGGCAGUGAGCGCGUUCAUCACUUUGUGGGCAAAGAGCCCAGUGGAUGCAAGUUCAACAAACUGUCCCUAAAUGAGGAUGAUAAACCUCACAACCCGAUGGUGAAUGCUGGAGCCAUCGUCAUCAGUUCCUUAAUUAAGCCUCAUUCAAAUAAAGCUGAGAGGUUUGACCAUGUGAUGGAGUUCUUGAAAAGCAUGGCUGGUACAGAGUAUGUGGGCUUCAGCAAUGCAACUUUCCAGUCAGAGAGAGAGACUGGUGAUAGGAAUUAUGCAAUUGGUUAUUAUCUCAAGGAGAAAAAGUGCUUUCCUGACAAUGCAGAUAUGAUUGCGGCCCUUGACUUCUACUUUCAGUUGUGCUCCAUUGAGGUGACCUGUGAGUCAGGAAGCGUCAUGGCUGCCACACUGGCCAAUGGCGGUAUCUGUCCAAUCACAGGGGAGCGUGUGCUGAGCGCUGAAGCAGUUCGCAACACCCUGAGUCUCAUGCAUUCCUGUGGCAUGUAUGACUUCUCAGGACAGUUUGCAUUCCAUGUGGGUUUGCCUGCCAAAUCAGGCAUCUCAGGUGCUGUACUGCUGGUGGUCCCCAACGUCAUGGGUAUGAUGUGUUGGUCCCCACCAUUAGAUCGGCUCGGAAACAGUGUUCGUGGCAUUCACUUCUGUCAGGAACUGGUGUCACACUUCAACUUCCACAAUUAUGACAACCUGAGACACUUCACUAAGAAACAUGACCCCAGAAGAAGAUCAGAUGAUGAUCCAAACAAGUCGGUGGUGAACCUGAUGUUUGCAGCAUACAGUGGUGAUGUCUCUGCUCUGAGGAGGUUUGCCCUUUCAGCUUUGAACAUGGAGCAGACAGACUAUGACUCUCGCACAGCGCUCCACAUCGCUGCAGCUGAAGGUCAUUUGGAAGCUGCAAUCUUUCUGACUGAAAUAUGCAAAGUGAAUCCCCACAUGAAAGACAGAUGGGGUAACACACCCUUAGAUGAUGCCAUGCAGUUUGGCCAUGAUGUUGUUGUUUCAGUCCUGCAACAGUACCAAUGUGAAUACACUGACAACAACUUACAAUGCGACACAGAGGAGCAGAAGACCACACUGGAUACGUUGAAGAGCAUUGUUUAAACCACAAGGGAUCAUAAGGGUUUGUAAUGGAAAUCAAUUAAUUAUAUUAUGUACCUCAGAUUACUGAAAGGACACAGGGUGAUUGAGAGAAGUGAUGAAUGAGUGAGUUUAUCGGACUGUUGAUAAGCUGUAGAGUGCAGGAUUAAUUUCCUUUUUAGUGCAUCUCUGCAGACUGGAGGUUUGGUCAACAACAUAAUAUAUCAAUAAAGCAGCACAUAAACAGGCAAUGUGUUGCAGAAGAAAUUAUAGUAAUUUUCUCCAUGAUUAGGAUCUUGCAACAUUAAUAAUUUUUUCUAACAAAAAUAACACUAGAGAUGUAAAUAUCAAAUAUAUUUUGUUUAUUUAUUUUUGGAAAUAUAUUUUGACUUCAUCAUUGUUAUUUAAUCAAGGGAUAUCAUGCCCCCUGUAAUAACUGUAUAAAUAUUCCCAGAGCUGCUUUGUUAAUUAUUCUACCUCAAGGGGUAGGUGAUUCAGUUGCAUUUGUGCUUUAACACUGGAGGGUCUCAUUCAUUGUAGUUGAUACAAGUUCAUUCAGGCCAGUUUAUUCACCACUCAUACCUCUAUUGUAGUCGUGCAAUAGAGUUGUAGUUUUUUUUUUUUUUCUUUUCAGGAGGAAUUACACUUGCUUCAUUAGCGUGACCUCUUUUUAUUGGUUACUUGUGUGUCACAGCAACAUCUGCAUGUCUCAGGUGCUGGGAACAAUGCACAUUUGGGUUACUCUAGCACAAAAUAUAUAAUGAAAUUAUAGUGUUGCGAAGUAAACGCUGAGUCAUGUUUGAAGUGAUGCUUUUUGACCUAAGGAAAAUUAAAGCGUAUGCACAACUAAAUCAUGUGAUAAAAACUAUAAAUUACACAGUUGAAUCAUCUCAAAUGAAUGUGGUCUAUUCACCGUUUUAUUUAAUUUAAACUCUGGCAAAGAAAUUAUUCCACAGCAUGACUUUAGCUCUUAGUCUGUCACUGUAAAUAUGUAGCUUCCUGCUGUAAAUAAAAGAGGAACGUGAAA